AUGAUAACUCAAUUCCAUAUAUUAAUUUUCAUCAUCACUUUCUAUCUGGUUCAUCGGGUACAAAGUGAUUCAUUACCUCCAGUCUACAAACACGGAUGUGUGAUUUUAGCCAAUCAAAAGAUAUAUUGUUAUGGAGGUGCCAAUCGUCAAGGAAACUCAGGUUUCUCAAAUCAAACUUUAUCAUGGUUCGAUAGUGAAAUAUAUAAUCAUCAUGUCUAUCUUGAUGUUUCCAAACCAUUGAAUGUAUCUGCUGCCAAUACUCAAUGGCAACCUGUUUCUCCACCUAGUAGUGCCUUUCAACUGGAACCACGCUCAGAUUUCGCUAUGAUCAAUCAUAAUGAUACAGGAUAUACCAUCGUUGGCGGUGCUGGUCCUUCCAUUAAUCAUGGUGAUCAAAGUCUUGUCAAUAUCACUGUGGAUUACAAUGCAGAUUUGAACACUUGGGGAUCCAUCAAGAGAAGAGACGAUCAGCCCAAACUGAACGUAUCCAUGGAAAUCCAAAUGUUUGGUACUCGUGGUGUGAAAAUCACUAACUCUCAAUAUAUGAUCGCUGGUGGCAUGCCUCCUAAUAAUAAUACUGUCAUUCAAACAAACUCUAGUUAUGUCUACGUCGAGUCAGCGGAUUCCAAUUGGGGAACUAUGAAAGUUUACAGUGCUCCUCUUACAAGAGGCAAUGACUUGCUACCAGAACCUUCUCGUGUUUACCGUGCUGAUGUGGCUACAAGCAGCAAUGGCGAUGUCUACUUAUUUGGUGGUAUGCUCGCUCUGAAUGCCACAGAGAAUUACGAUUAUAUGAAUCCCAGAGGGAUUUAUACUUUUGAUACUCUCUAUGUAUUUUAUCCAUCUCAAAAUCAAACAUUUGGCCUCGUUAAAGCAAGCAAUCCCGACAAUGCGCCCAGUACUCGAGAACUGCAUACAGUGACAAGUAUUCCCAACACAGACAAGAUGCUUCUUUAUGGGGGUGUCACAGAUGAUGGAGCCAAUCCUGACUUUUGUUAUACGUUUGAUACUGUAUCUGGACUUUGGAGCGUUGUCAAUUUCACUAAUGGCGAUGGUGCUGGACGUCGAUAUGGUCAUCAAGCGGUUAUGGUAGGCAAUGAUUUGCUUUAUAUUAUUGGAGGUAUCGAUAUCACCAACACUGUCCAAAACGAUGUACAUAUCUUGAAUGUCACCAGUAUGACAUGGUUGAAUGGAUCUUACACCAAUACUUAUGAUCAAACGAAUAGUGCCUCUUCAUCAAACAACAACAAUAAUAAUAAUGGAAGUGGAUCAUCAUCUCUUAGUGGAGGUGCUAUUGCUGGUAUUGUUAUUGGUUGUGUUGCUGCUGUGGCUCUAGGUGCUGCGGCUACUGUGAUCUUUUAUAUGCAACACAAAAAGAAGAAAUCAUUAUCAUCCGGUGCCGCUCCUGCUGGUUUUGCUCCUACAACUCCUCCACCAAAUAAUACGAAGGAAUACAACAUGACGAAUAGUUCUGGACCCCCGGCCAAUGAUGGCUCCACCACUCUUUAUGCAUCAAAUCCUACUGAUGGUACAUCUGGUCAAGCUCCUACUCCUGGUACUUGUUUGAUUUACUGUUUUGAUGAUAAAGGAUGGAUUGUUAAUGCUCGAUGGAAGAAAAGAUGGAAGGAAACAAAUAUGGUUACAAUAUGUGGCUCGGUCGGCAAUGAAUCCCAAGUGCAGAGUGAUCCACUGUUUACAGCCUACAAGCAAGGAUGUGUGAUUUUAGCUAAUGGAAAGAUUCGUUGCUAUGAAGAUACCAAUCAUGAUCCAGUUGUCUCAAAUCAAACUUUAUCACGGUUCAAUAGCAAAAUAAACAAUCAUCAUGUCUACCUUGGUGUCUAUAAACCAUUAAAUGUAUCUAGUGCCAAUACACAAUUGCAACCGAUCCCUUCAACCAGCGAUCUUCAACUGGAACCACACUGUGAUUCUUCUAUGAUCAAUCAUAACGAUACGUCCUAUACUAUCGUUGGCGGCUCUAUUCCUUCCAUUCAUCAUGAUGAUCUUGUCGGUAUUCCUGUGGACGACAAUGCAGAUUCGAAUUCUUGGGAAUCCAUCAAACACAAAAGCACUACUGAAUCCGUAUUGAGCACAUCUAUGGUAACGUCAACGUUUAGUACCCGUGGUGUGAUCACUGGCGACAUUCCUCCUGAUGACAAUAUUUUCAUUCAAUCAAACGCUAGUUAUGUCAAUGUCGAGUCAAAUGAUCCCAACUGGGAAAUUAUGGAAACAUACAUUGAUCAUAUUACAAGAGAUGGCAAUAAGCUCCCAGGACGAAUCAAAAUAAAGAUCUUUGUAUUUUAUCAAUUGGCGACGGAUUCUACGUGA